AUUUCAAAUUUUUCGAAUGUACAUCUUCAAAGACUGGCUGCAGGCUGUCGGGACAAAAACUUCACCUAUAAGUCGUGCCAGAAAAUCUUCUGCCAGCCCUGGGAAAAGUGCAUUCGUGGAAACUGUGUCUGCAAGCUGCCUUAUCAGUGUCCAAAGAAUGGGGAAAACGUUUGCUCAAGCAAUGAAAAGAAAUAUAGGACAUACUGCCAGCUGAAAAGUGUUGAAUGUUCUCGAAAUUCGGAAAAGUUCUCACAUUUUGGGGCCUGCUCAUUGGGACAUGCUGCUGUUUCUUGGCAACCUGAUCGUAAGUCACAAGGAAUUGUUUUGUUCAGUUUCAAUCAGACUUUACAAGAAUUGUCUAUAUGCAUGAAUCAGAAGAGUUGGACAAUGCAUGAGGCAAAUGUAUUCUGCAGACAGCUCAACUUUCAAUUAGGAGCAGAGAAAAUUUUAACACAAACAGAAUUUACAAUUUGGCUGAAGAUUACCAAUUUUAUGAACUGGUCGAACAGGAUGCGCUGCAGAGGGUUUGAGAUGAGCCUGUCAGAGUGUUUCCGCCUCACAGAUAUUGAAAAGCUACAGAAGAAAUGCAGGAAAGAAAAGAUUGCUGCGGUUAAAUGUUAUGAUUAUCCUCCAGACAAGAAAUGCACCAAUGAAGAAUUUACUUGUGUAAAUGGGAAAUGUAUUCCAUUGGAGGAUCUUUGCAAUGGCAUUGAUGACUGUGCUGACCUAAGUGAUGAGUUAUGCUGCAAAAAUUGCACUAAUUCUCACCACUGCAAAUCAGACAUAUGUAUUCCAUAUUUUUCUUGCUGUGAUGGUGAAGAUGAUUGCUUGGAUGGAAGUGAUGAGAAGAACUGCACUG